AUGGCCGAGAAAAUCACUGCUAGCUUUAUGGCGUUAUCAAGGAGUGAGAACAUUUUGGACCAUCUCCAAACCGAAGCCCGAAAUCCGGUGGCGCACCAGAUUGACCUCCACGAUACAUUAGGGCUUUGCGAGGCCUUUAACCACGAAGAGGCACAGGUAUCGACAGCCAUUGCGUCCUGUCUUCCCGAUAUAUCGUCAUUGAUCAACGACCUAGUUCCGCGUCUCCAGGCCGGGGGAAGACUCAUCUACGUUGGCGCCGGUAACAGUGGCAGAGUAGGGUUUAUGGAUAGUAGCGAAUUACCAGUGACAUUCUCAGUUGAUCCAGGUCAGUUUAUUACUGUGGUCGCAGGAGGUAAAAGUGCCAUUAUCCACGCACAGGAGGGCGCCGAAGAUUCUGAAGACGAUGGCGUUACCAAAUUGCAAGCUCUUCAAUUAACGCCGCAAGACACUGUCAUCGGUAUUUCUGCAUCGGGGAGGACACCCUUCGUUCUUGGUGCACUUAGAACAGCCAUAGAAAAGAGUUGUCUUAGUGCUGCUCUCACCAACACCCAUCUGUCCAUUCUCGAUGCACUUAGACCAACGUACAGCAUUUGUGUAUUGACAGGCCCAGAAUUUCUGGCUGGAAGUACUAGACUCAAAGCUGGCAGCGCCGCAAAGCAAAUCCUCAACAUGAUUAGUACAUGCUCCAUGAUAAAGCUUGGGAAGACUUAUAAAAGUCUUAUGAUUGAUGUUCGAGUUAAGAACCACAAACUCAGGGCCCGUGGAAGACGAAUCGUGCGCCAAGUCUGCGCAGGGUGUCCAGUGUAUACCUUGGAUCGAGAUGGAACUGUCUCUUCAACGUCGAUCAAUGUCCCAGAAUCAGAAGAUGGCGAUAUUAUACUUGACCGUCUCAUCGAGCAGUGUGAAGGAAGCAUCAAGCUGGCUUGUGCUGUCGCCAUUUCUGGCCUGGCCUUAAAAGAUGCGAAACAUAGAUUGGUGUCAGUGGAUGGAAACUUUCGAAACUUUCUCGACAAUUUGGGCCCUUCAAUUUCUAUGUUGCCGGAACUUCCUGUCGUAUAUGAGUACUUUCUUUGCGUCGAUGGAGGUGGUACCAAAUGCACAGUGUCAAUAGCCACGAGGUCUGGGGUGGUAGGAAGAGGUACAGCUGGUGCUUGCAACUUCAACUGUGUUAAACUGGACGAUAUCAUGAGACAAAUCACGUUGGCUUCCCAUAAAGCAGUAUCACAAUUACCCGAAGCCAACCAAUUUGGCCCAAACCACCUGCCUAAGCUGACUCAGGUCUGGGUUGGGUUGGCAGGCAUCUACCACACUAGCCAUAGCAACCUUGAGCAACUUAUCUGGAGACUGGAGAAGUUGUUCAAUGUUUCAUACCGGCACAAAGAAAUGCGACUCACUAGCGACGACAUGCUUCUGAGCUCGGCCAUCUCUACUGAUGGCUCCGGUGAAUGUGGCAUUUCGGUCAUCGCCGGAACCGGGUCUGUGGCGACAGCGUUUAGAAAGGAGGGAGAUAAGAUCAUCCAAUUGGGCCGCACUGGUGGCUGGGGUUAUAUUCUCGGUGACUAUGGAAGUGCAUUUGAUAUCGGUAAAAGAGCACUCCAAUCUGUUUUGGCAGAGGUAGAGCAAAGCCAGUUCGAUAAGAGUCGCAAUCUUACCGAACUCGAAAUGACAAUUCUGGCCAAACUCGGCUGUAGAGAGAACGAGGUUCUUUCCACCUUUGGUCUAGCAAGAAUCGUCACGGAACUAGGAUUCAGAGGUGUGAAUCCCGACACCCAUUCGCAAUCUAUCUUGCAAUCCGGGACAAAGUCCCUUGUCCAAAUGAUCAAGCCCCUGGCAGCAAAGAACGUGUGUCAUCCUCGGAACAGCGUGCUUGUACUAUCUGGAGCUUUGAUGAAUCUUCCGCCGUAUAAGGAUAUGCUUCUGGCAGAAUGGGUGAGAGAGGGUAUGACACCAUUCAUGAAAGUGGUGGUGAUAAAGGAUGCAUCGGAUUAUACAGCACAAGUACUUGCGAGUCAGUCGGCUCAUCAGGAUAUUGAUCGGCGCUAA